AUGGCAGUGUUCGACAUGGGUUCUACGAAGGCGCCGGGAGAAGAUGGAUUUCUAAGACUGUUUUAUCAAAAAUGUUGGCACAUUAUUGGUGAUGAAGUUACCGAUUUUUGCUUACAUCUUUUAAAUGGUGAUAUGAAGACUCUUGCGAACCGAUUUCGAAGAGUGAUCGAAAAAUGUAUAGAAGCUGCACAAAGUGCUUUUGUGCUAGAAAGCCUAAUAUCUGACAACGUGUUGUUAGCCUAUGAAAUUCUGAAUACGUUGAAGCGGAAAAGAAUGGGGAAGAAAGGGUUUAUGGCAGUUAAACUCGAUAUAAGCAAAGCUUAUGAUAGGGUCGAAUGGGAAUUUAUAAAGCAUAUAAUGAUUCAAAUGGGUUUUGCAAAUAGAUGGGUAAAGGCUAUUAUGCAAUGUGUUCACUGUUUCUUAUUCAGUGGCCAUGAACGGACAUCGAGAAGAGAAAUUUCAACCGACCAGAGGACUUCGUCAAUGUGA